AAUAUCUGGCUGAUGCAAGGGCAUAUAUUAACAAAAAUGGUGUCUCUGGCAUUGGAGAGUUUCUUAAAAAGAAACUUAAUGAAUGGAAAAACGUUAAAAUAAGAUUUGGUAUAACAGGCGAUAGUGGCACAGGAAAAUCAACCUUUAUCAAUGCAAUAAGAGGGUAAUAUUUUAAUGCUUUACCUUUCCAAAAAAAUUGGACUGUACCUUAGUUUUCAUCCAUACCCAUAUAUUAGCUUUUACUAAAAAGAAUAGAAAUAGAAAAGAAAGAAAGUCAGAACGAAAUAGUAUAACGGCUGACAUUUGCAAAAUAUUGGCGGGCUGAGUUAAGUAAUAAUGAUGGGCUGAGUUAAGUUUCUAGAACAUUACCACCCUUAUGUUGCAACUCAUAUUUUUGCAUUCACAUUCAUGCGAAUUUACUUAUAAUUUAUAGCCUACCAGUGUUACUAUGGUUGUAAAAUUACUGUUACAGAAUUUUUGCACAAUUAUUCAGUUAUAUCAUUCAAGGGCUUGAUUGUCCUAUGGGAGCAUGAUUGUCCCCUUGUGUGCUCUACUAAGACGAAAGGAAGCAAGAAUGAAAGGAAGGAAGAAGAUGGGUAUAGAUAAAGGCAAGAUAAAUAACUUGAUAAAUAAUUUUACGCAUAGUUUUCUUGUGUAGACUUAAAGAUAACGAAAAACAUGCAGCAAAAGUAGACGUUAUUGAAGCAACGAGAGAGCCAGCAGAAUACACAUAUCCUGACAACCCAAUGAUUACUCUCGUCGACCUACCCGGUAUCGGUACGCCAAACUAUCCUGAUCUUCGAACCUACUGUGCAAAGGUUCCCUUAGAGAAGUACGACACCUUCCUCAUUUUCACUGCUACUCGCUUUACACAAAACGACUUGGUAUUGGCAAAGAAAGUGAAAGACAUUGGCAAGUCGUUUUUUCUUAUUCGUACAAAGAUUGAUAACGACCUCCGGCCUUUACCAGGAAAAACCACUAUUGACGAAGACACAACAUUGUCAAGAAUCAGAAACAAAUGCAAGGAUCAGGUGAAAGGCUUGAUGUCCAGUGAGAAAGAAAUUUUCCUCAUUGGCAAUUAUGAAAAGGAAAAAUGGGACUUCGAUCGUCUGGUUAAAGCAAUCGGCAAAGCAUUGCCCGUUCUUCAGAGAGAGGUUUUAAUACUGUCUGUAUCAAAUUUAACGCGUGGGUGUUUAAAUAGAAAGGCAAUGUUUCUUAAAGGUUAGUGCCGUUUAAUACGUACUAUUUACAACAUGAGCGGCCGUGUUAUAUCGGAUAUACAAACUCGAGAGUUUGUAUAUCCGAUACAACACGCACGCGAAUGUUAUAAAUGACUUAAAAAACGACUCAUCUUAUGAGUCUUUUUUGGCUCAUCCUAUUAGUCAUCAUGAGGAAUGGAUAAUGUCACAUAGUAAUGCCAACAUAUACAGAUAGCUUGUAAUAAUAUACCGGGUGGCCCAAAAAAAAGUACUCCGGUUUGAUUUGUAAUAACUUCUAAACAAGUAAAGCUAUCAAACAGAAGUAACUUGCAUUAAAUAGAGGAAGGACUAACUUAGAUUUUGAUAUAUUACAGUUGCAUUUUACUUAAAAAUUCACGGAGAUAUCAAUGUUCAAAAUCGGGAGCAUAUUUUGGGAUGUGUCUAAAAUUAGCGAAAAUCGGCGUAUCAAAUUUUAACUCCAGCGUUUGUUUGGUUAAUGACAUAUCAGGGUAACUUGUAUUUCAGCGAAUUGUCGUUAGGGUUUGUAAGGGAUAUGGCGUAGAUUUAGACAUCUUACAUGUAAGUCUUAACUCAUUGUUUCCUGAAAUAUGGACGUUCGAAAUUAUGUAAGUAUUUAAUAGGUCUUUGCAAACUUAAGGUACAUGAAAGACCAUGCAAGGCAGGCGCUUCAAUUUUUCUUAAAUAACCUAUUUUUUAUGUUUUUCAUGGGUUCAAAACAAAGUUGAUUAUUUCUCGGUUAGAGCAGGAUGAAUAUUGUUCUUUAAUGGAGGAAAUAAUAUUGCUUUUUGCAAAUACACAUCACAGUAUCAAAGAUACUAUUUUGUUACGUUUUGUUCCAAAAAUGUUGGAUGUCUCUGGGGAGUUGCUUGUUAUGUCUUUACUUAUGGAGUUGUAUGGUUUGAUUGUGUUUCAUUCUCAGUUUAUUCUGAACUUGCCAAGAUUAAGAAAGGCAAAAGAGUUUGGGUGUUCUUAACAAGAUUUCAGAACGUUGCAGAAGUUACAAAAUUCAUUCAAUGUGAAGUGAGAAAAUUCACAAUUCCAAUGUGACAGCGUGCCCUAAUUCAGAACUACGAACGAUCCAUGACGAUACUUCGCGAUGCAGUGGUCUCAUGAAAUAAGGAAACGUAUUCGUGCUAGGAACACACGCGGAUUUCGGACGCAUAAAUCUUGCUUGUAUUUUGUAGAUAAUAAUACUUUGUUUCAUAAUAAACAAUUUGUCAAGUGUCAUUUAUUUACAGGUAAUAGUGCAUGUUUCAGUCGGGUAAAUCUUGAUUAAUAUUUGAUACGCUGUUUUUGGCAUAUUUCAGACACAUCAAGAAAUAUGCUCCCGAUUUUAAACAUUAAUAUCUCCGUGAAUUUUUAAGUGAAAUACAACUGUAAUAUAUCAAAAUCUAAGUUAGUCCUUCCUCUAUUUGAUGCAAGUUAUUUCUCUUUAAAAGCUUUACUUGUUUAGAAGUUAUUUCGAAUCAAACCGGAGUACUUUUUUUUGGGCCACCCGGUAGUAACACUGGUCAGUGUUACUAUUCAAGGAAGCACUCGCCAUUCACGGGCAGAAACCAGAACUCAGAAUCAGAAAUCAAAGCGUCCCGGGAACUAUAGGUUUUUUACUAAUAAAUAUCAAAUUACAAACUAUCUGUAUAUAUUGGCAUUACUGUGUAACGUUAUCCAUUCCUGAUGAUGACUAAAUAAUUAAGUCGAAACGUUGAAUAAAAAAUGUUGUCUUUCAUUCGGAGUUACUGUUGUUGUGUAUUUCAUGAAAAUGCUCAGUGGUUCCCACAAUUAUUGAAGAUGAUUAAAUAGUAUAAUUGCUGCCUUAGCUCAGUAGAGGCAACACACUAUUCUUGACGUGCAAUGGUUUCUCUAGAGGCCACUCGACCCAGUCUUUCUGUAUAUCGUCGAGAUCUUAAUCUUAUGUCUGUUAAGAUGUCGUGAUUAAGUUACAUAGACAAGCAAGGUUUUGUGUUGCUAACGCAUCUUUCGAUGUCUUCCGUUAAACAUUUCAAUUUGUAAACGUAAUAACAAGCACUCCAAUAAGAAAUUCUAAUUAACAAAUGUAAUAGACGGGGAAAUAUAGACGAAAAUUGUACGGCGCGCGUGUUAUGUUUCCAUUCAGUUGCGUAUGCGUCAUCUAAAUAUCGACGUGGUCGCUCUGCACUAUAAGUUGUAUCAUUUCACGAGUAAUUGGUACAUGAAUAAUGUAUCUGUUUAUUUUUUUAAAUUCUUGUACUCAAGGCCAGGAGCGUAUUAAUGCGUAUUAAUUAAAUGUUUCCACAUUGGACUCCAAAUUCCGUAUUUCGAUUCAAAUGUUUCCAUAUUGCAACUCGAACAAGCGAAUUCAUGAUCAUAUACUAAACGGUACUUAAAUUAAACCGUCGGGUACUACUGUUGUAUUUUUUUAAUAAUAUAUAGAGAAUGGUCUAUAUAUUAUGAUGCUAAUAACUUUAUUAUUUCUAUUUAUUAAUAUAGCAUGAUGCUUAGGCUAUAAUAACUUUAUUAUUUCUUAACAAAUUAAUAUAGUUCGAGCUGUUGCAGUGGCAACCAUUUCAGCGCGCAACGGUGUAAUUCCUAUUCCUGGAAGAGGAGCUGUUCUUGACGCCGAACUUAUUAGAGAUACAAUCGAGGACUACCACAGACAAUUAGGCCUCCACGAUGUAACGUCCGAUACGUUUGAGGAAUUUAAUAAAUACGAGAAGGUUCUUCAAAUCUACAAGUUUCAAUCAGAUGAGGAGUUGCUUUUGUCUCUCAACUCCGAAUCGCAUGGAUUACGCAAGGUCCAAGAAGUUUCCAAGUAUAUUCCAAUAUUAGGAACAAUAAUCGCAGGCAGAAUAUCAUUUGUUUUGAUGUCGCGUUACCUCGAACGCUGUGUGGACGAACUGGAAGUAGUGGCCUUGGCUGUCUGGGACGACGCUGCGAAACGAUCAACUGAGAAUGAUUCAGAGACAAGCACAAAUAAUUCACAUACACAUUGA